AGUUUGACAUGAUUCUUCCAUUCAACAUAGCAAACAAACAAUCCAUUCCCUCCCCUUUGAAACUCAAUGUUACAUUGCUGCAUUCAUCCAAAUCUCAAACUUGCAAAUCACGCAAUUUCCUUUCCCUUCACAAAACCGUUCUUCCCUGCGAACCAGAUCGGAAUUCACAGUGGCAUCGUCACCGACAACACGCCGAAUCGCAUUUGGUUUAGGGUGACUAAUGGAACCUACUCCUCCAGCUUCUAACACUCAACCAUCUGGCAUGUCAUCCUGGGCAAGAAAUCUGAAAUCCCUUGGGCUCGGGGCGUCGCAGCAGAACUCACAGGUUGAAAAUACCGGUGGCAUGUCGGCUUUUGCUCGCUUGACAGGCGGGAUGGGAUUAGGAAUGCCCUCCUCGAUUGAGGCUGCUCCGGGAAGUUCAGGAGCUGAUCAGCCUAAUUUAAUUGAAUCGUUCACCAAAGGGUUGGUGGACUCGUCUAAGACCGCAGUAAAGGCGGUGCAGACCAAAGCUCGCCAUAUUGUCUCUCAAAAUAAACGCAGAUACCAGGAAAAUGGAUUUGAUUUGGAUAUGACAUACAUCACUGAAAAUAUAAUUGCUAUGGGGUUUCCGGGUGGCGAUCUUAGCUCUGGACUUUUUGGAUACAUUGAGGGUUUCUAUCGCAAUCACAUGGAAGAAGUAAUUAAGUUUUUCGAAACUCAUCAUAAGGGAAAGUACAAAGUAUACAAUCUUUGCUCAGAGAGGUUGUAUGAUGGAUCACUAUUCCAGGGAAAGGUUGCAAGUUUCCCAUUUACUGAUCAUAAUUGCCCUCCUAUUCAACUUAUAUUGUCAUUUUGUCAAAGUGCAUAUUCAUGGUUGAAGGAGGAUAUUCAAAAUGUGGUGGUUGUUCAUUGUAAAGCUGGUAUGGGGAGGACAGGACUGAUGAUUUGUAGCCUUCUUAUGUUUCUUAAAUUCUUCCCAACUGCGGAGGAAGCCAUUGAUUACUUCAACCAGAAACGAUGUAUUGAUGGAAAGGCUCUAGUUAUCCCUAGUCAGAUCAGAUAUGUCAAAUACUUUGAACGGACUUUAACACACUUUAAUGGAGAGGUCCAGCCUGGACGAAGGUGCAUGCUAAGAGGGUUUAGGCUUCACAAAUGCCCUUAUUGGGUUAGACCAUCCAUUACAAUAUCUGAUCAUAAUGGAAUUCUUUUCACAACUAGAAAGCAUCCCAAAACAAAGGAUUUAAUGCCAGAAGAUUUCUGGAUAAAUUCACCAAAGAAGGGAAUAGUGGUCUUUGCAAUACCAGGAGAGCCUGGUCUCGCAGAGUUGAUUGGGGACUUCAAAAUUCAUUUUCAUGAUCGACAGGGAGAUUUCUACUGUUGGCUGAAUACAGCAAUGACAGAAAACAGAAAAGUUUUAGAUGGCUCGGAUCUUGAUGGUUUUGACAAGAGAAAGAUCCCUGCUCCAGGGUUCCAGGUUGAAAUUGUGAUGGUAGACUAUACUGGCACCCUACCUACAAGGACAAAAGCCAAUCCUGCAAGCAAAGGAUCUGAUAGUAACACUAGCAAUGUCGUAGCCGGUGCAAGGCCUACAACUAAUGCAAGUGAGAGUAAGGUCCCUAGAAAUGGAGAUGAUGAUGUAUUCUCGGAUAGUGAUGAAGAGGAGGCUAAGGGUACACGAAGGAGGGAAACUGCAGCUGAGUACAAAUAUAUGGCUUCUCAUCAAGCAUCUGAGGCCACUACAGACCAUGUAGGAAUGUUGACACACACAACAGACCAGUUGUCACUCCAGCAUGCGGAACACAUGAAAAAUGAAGAAUCAAACACAGAUAAACUAAAACAUACAGGCCCCAGUACCACAAACAUGGAAUCUGCUGGGGCCAGUGAAAUCAAGGCAAUUGCAGCAGAUGCUUCAGUUUUUUCUUUUGGAGAUGAAGAUUUUGAGAGUGAUUGAGUGGCAAUUGCAGCAGAUGUUUCAGUUUUUCUUUCCCUUUUUGUAGAUUCAAAUUUUGAGAGUGAUUGAGGGGACGUGGGAUGAACUCCGUCAAUCUAAAUAUUAUUCAGGAAUUCGUAAAUAGUAGCUCAUAGCUCUUUCCAUGGAGAUCAUACCCAGAGGUAAAAGGACUAGGCAUAUUAUGGAGUUCAUUGCAUUCCCCUCUAUUUGUUGUUAAAUGAACUUACUUUCUUGUAUUUUAAUACUCAAACUUUGUAUAUUUUUAAGAUUGUAUACUUCUACGAUUCUUCCAAAUGUGCAUGAGAUGUUCCUUGA